AUUAAUUUCUUUGAUACUAUCCACUUUUUAAAUUACCAUAAUAUGAAACUAUGGCUAUCGGGCAGUUAAUAUCGGAGUCUGAGACUCCAUGUCCAAUAUUUUGGGACAUUGGAGCUACUUCAGAUCGUUCCAUUGCUUGGAUACGUUCCAAGCUUGAGGAGACCAGUACUUCAAAGAAGAAGGAAGCUCUUGAGCUUACUAUAACCAACCUGUUGAAUGGCGAGGAUGUGUCAUCCCUUUUGAUGACUAUCAUUCGAUUUGUGUUGCCUAGCACAGAUCACGGUUUGAAGAAGCUAGUACAUUUAUUUCUUCAGAUAUUCGACUUUUGUUCUCCAGAUGGUACACUUCGUGAGGAGAGCAUAUUGGUUUGCAACGCAUUGCUGAACGAUUUAAAUUCCUCCAAUGAGUAUGUUCGUGGUUCUACUCUUAGGCUGGUAUCGAAAUUACGCCACUGGAGCAUAGUGAGUCCUCUAAUUACUGGCGUCGUUGAUAAUUUACGCCAUGGUGAGCCUUAUGUCCAUCGAAAUGCUCUGAUGUGUUUAGCGAAGAUAGCGGAGCGUUUUGGCACUGAAUCUGUGAUUUCAGGUAUGGAGGAGACUGAGAAUUUGCUUCUUGGCAACACUGCCGUUUCAGUUAAGGUUCAAGCUUUCAAUCUAUUGGUGGUAUGUCAACCUACAUUAGCAGUCCAGUAUUUGAUGAAUGUUGAGGGUAGCUUGCUGGGCUUGGCUCCUAGGUUCCACUUAGAAAUUUUAACGUCGUUUACUACGUUAUGCGCCUUAAAUACUGAGGUCCGCACAUUUAUGAUGCGUUUGGUUGUCAUGAUACUUGAGAACUCAGAGGAUAACGCAGUUCGUAUGGAGGGUGGCAUUGUAGUUUGUCAGUUGAAGUCAACUCCUAUAGAGGCUCGUCGUGCGGCUGCUAGUGCUCUGACUAAGCUACUAUUGGAUGAAUCGGACUUAAAUGUGAAGAUGUUGGUACUAUCCAAGUUGAACACUUUACAUGCUCGUUCAUCUGCUGUUGGUGAUGCCCCUAAUGUACUUGAGCCUUAUGUCAUGGACAUUGUGCAUGCUUUGAGAGGCUCCAGUACUAAGGUUAACCUUGGUUUAUUAUCAUUGGCUUUAAGAUCACUUUCUCGUCAGAAUGUUGAUUUGCUGCUUCAGAGUUUCAAGAAGGCAUUUAUCGGUGCUGAGGACAUUGGCACUUACAGUCAGCAGCAGGUUGCUGACUAUCGUAUAAUGUUAAUUAAGGGUAUCCACUAUACAUGUGGUCGUUAUCCUGAUCGCAGUGCUGUUGUUUACGAUAUGUUAUUAGGUUACCUUGUUCACACUCACCAGCAGACGGCUGAGGAUUGUGCCUUAUUUUUCAAGCAGUUAACAGAGUUACUUCCCAAUCUCCGUGAGAGCACUAUAGUCAAGUUACUGACCUUCUUGGAAUCCAUACCGCAUGCCAAUGUUUUGUCUGUAUGCUUUUGGGUCAUUGGCGAAUACGCUGAGAGUGCCAAGCUGGCCCAGCGUUGUUGUAACCAGAUAUACAAUGCAUUAUUACCGUUUCCUUUUGUAGUUGAUUCUGUGGAAACCGAUACCAAGGAUAGCUCAUUGGCUGAUGAUUUUGGCUCCAUGAGUAUAGGUGAUGGGUCAACUACUACCCAAACUGUGGUAUUGGAAGACGGUACCUAUGGUGCCCAACUCAGAGGUGAGACCACAAGAACUCCUCAGACCACAACUCUGCGUGGCUUAUUGGUGUCUAAAUGCGACCCACUGCUGUACUGCUCAAUAGCACAGUGUUUACUAAAGCUGAGCUACGCUUCUGGUGAGAGCAGCAUCGUAGCCAAGGCUGCUUUGGUUAUUGUCAAUUUGUUGAGACUUAUGCAGGACCCACAGUAUGUCAAUGUAUACUCUCAACGCAGGAUGAGGACAAUACUGAGACUAUGUCUUGGUUACUUAAAGGAUAGAGACCAUUUCAGACCACUGUUGGAGGAGUAUAUAUUAGCUUCUCGUUUGAAGUGGAACACUUCAAGUACUACCGAGCGCGUAGACUUGAUUGGACACGUUGACGAUCCUAUCAGUUUCGCUACAUUUUUUGGCAGCGACGCUGACGACCAAUGGGCUUUUGAUGAUGAAACUGAUGAUCAGGAGCUUAUUGAUGUUGACGACCAUGAAAUUGACAAAAUAUUGAGUACUUCGAAUUCUAUUAGUUCCAUUGCUGUGAAGGAAUCUAACAAACGUGACCUGAGCAAUGUACAUCAAUUUACUUCCUUAAUGGAUCCUCUGUACAUCGAGGCUUCUGUGGCGGUCAUAGCUACUCGUAUAUACCUAACGUUGUAUUUACGUAACACUACGGAUAUUCUUCUCCAGAAUAUAAGGGUUAUGCUAUUUGUCGUCAACAAUCGGGAUGUUGCUACAGCUCAGCCUAUAAUUACUCUUGAGUCUGGUGGUAGUAGUGUUUUGCAAUUGAACAUAAAGCUGAAACGCAGUGAAAAUGACAACAUAUAUGGCCAUGUAUAUUUUGAUAAGGAGAAAUCUGGUAUUCAGGAAUGCCUUUCAUUUAAUCCCAUGGAUGUGUGGCUGUAUGAUUACGUUACUCCUAGCUUUAUAACGCUAGAUUCAUUCCGUUCAUCAUGGGAUGCAGCUGAAUGGGAAGAGCGACUUGAUCUCCAUCAAUCCGAUAUGGAUCCCGUUGAGCUUUUACGUGAUAUACUUCAGGUCACCCACAUGACGGUGGUAGGAUCCACUCCCCCUCCUGGAUUAAAGUGGUCACCUGGUAACGCUGGACAAAAGGAGUUCGUAUCUCACUAUAUGAAUCAUUUAUCGAAAUCCUCUGAAUUCUCGGCUAUUUUUGGUGAUUCAAGCUUUUUCGCUGUAAACCUAUAUUGCAAAACUCUUCACGAUGACGAGGCAUUGGCUAAUCUAAGUGUUGUGAAGCAGUCAAACGGACUGCUCACUGGAAGCUUGAACAUACGUUGUGAUUACCAGGAGGUGUGCACCAGUUUGUGUGACUAUAUUUUAAAGAAUAUAAGCACAUUUAAUUUAUAACGCGAAAAAUCGCAAUUGAAGUCUAAUAAUAAUUAUGUCAGUAUAUUAGUUUAUAUGAAUAACUGCUUGAUGCAG